UUCGCAGAGACGGCGGACAGCCCAACCAUUACCAUUACCAUAAACAAAAACAGAAAAGGAAAGGAAAAACUCUUUUCUUCUUCAUACGAAACUUGAUAUAUAUUCCGUCUUUCUUUCUUUCUUUCUCCACAGAAUUCAUGCAAACGUUACUGCAUUCCUUUUCGUUAUCAUGUUCUUCUAGCGUUGUUUGAUUUUUCAAAGCAGAAGAAGAUAAUUUUCUUGACUGGUAGAAAUCUACCUUUACCCCCUAAUGGAAGAAGCUGGUCACAAUCUCAUGAAAAAUUCAGAACCCUGCGAGGUGCAUCAUGAAGAGGAUAAUGCCCUCCCUGAGAAUAAACAAAAAAGGAAGUUCAAGACUCCAGCACAGCUUGAAGCUCUGGAGAACUUCUACACGGAACAUACAUAUCCCAAUGAGAAAAUGAAAGCGGAUUUUGCAAAGAAGGUAGGAUUAUCUGAAAAGCAAGUCUCCGGAUGGUUUUGUCAUAGAAGAUUGAAAGAUAAAAGGCUAUUGAAAGAAGCUUCUGCAAACGGAAAGCAAGAUCUAUCAAGUGGUGUUAUACAGGAUCGUGGCAGUGGCCUCAAGCAAGAUUCAUGUAGCAGUAACAAACAAGGGAGUUAUAGAUAUUUUGAUCUUAAAGAGGUCGAGAGUCGGAGAUUUGAUGGCCCAGACUAUGCAACUCCAGACCGUCCUUACAGCAAAAGGGGUGUACGUAUGCCUACUGGAAUUUAUAGUACUGCGGAGAAUACUUCUUCAGGAAGUAGCUCUACUUCACACGAACGAUUAUUCCCUCACAAGGGAGGUCGUGGGACUCAUGAUAUGGAAAAUUUGAGAUAUCCAAAUCGGAGUAGCAACUCAAUGUUGAUUUCCGAAGGUGUAAAGAACAAGGGUAAAGCUCUGGUAUCAGGAUAUUUACACUUGCGGGAUGAGAUUGAAAAUGCUGCUAUCAUUUCCGUUAAGAAGCAACUGGGGAGGCUUUUCUGCGAAGAUGGCCCUCCUCUCGGAAUAGAGUUUCAGUCACUUCCUCCUGGUGCAUUUGAUUCUCCAGUUAGGAACCAAGUCAAUGAUACAUACCAGAUGGCUGGUCCUGUCCGACAGAACUCUCAUGGUAUCUCUAAAGGCCGCAAGGAAUCCCGUAUUGAGAUGAGAUACCCAAGGAACCAUCACGAGACAUAUCCGCAAGGCUCAUAUCCUGACGGGGAACAUAUCAAGCGUACCAAGUCAGAAUAUGUUCGUAGGGAGCGCACUACCUAUCCAUCCUUGGGAAACUCUUUUUUUAACAGUGACAGGAAACAUGCCCCUGAAGGUAUUCCAUCCAUGGACAUGCGUGAAAGUUCCGAGGAUGAACCACCUGUGAUCAACAGCAAGAACAAUUUUAGGAGGUCUAAGUAUGGGGUAGAAGGGAUGGUAUCAAAUAACAACGGAAAUCCUCGUGUUCGUCCAUCACUGAGCAAGUUUAGUAGCGGCGAACCAUCAGAUCUUCAGCUUCACAAGUACGAUUAUCCUAGGGCUCGAAUGCUCAAGAGGAAGGAAUACUUGGAACCUAAGCCCUUGAAUUUGGUUAAUCAGCAUAAAGAGGCUUUUGAUUCAGUGGAUGGUGAAGAAAACGUUCACAGAGAUUGGAGAACGAAAGAUUAUGCGAAUCACGUGAGAGCAAAGAAGAGCCUAAAAAAUGAUAUGAAAGUGGGGAGGAGGGUGCGAGCUGAUUUUCCUUCACGAGCACCGGGUUCCAAUGAAUUGCUGCCAUGUAGAAACCGGACCAAAGAGCACAUCGGAGAUGGGCAAACCAGUUUCUACGAGGAUGCUGCUGCAGAAACUAGUUCAUCCAUGGACUGAACUGGCAAAUGGCCAGGUUGAUAAAUUCCUUGUACUCUCUCUCUCUCUAUAUAUAUAUAUUAUAUAUAUAUAUAUACAUAUCAAUGUGAGAGUUGAAGAGAUAUAAAAUGCUGUCGAUUCGGAUCAGUUGUGAAGGAUGCAGAUUUUGAUGGUUCUGUAGACCAUAUUUGAGGAAAAUAUAUCGUUCGUUACUGUUCGGUUAUUCUCUUCUUGUGGAAGAGUUUCCGUCUUUGACGCUACAGCUACCCGGGAAUCUAAAUCACUGUCAUGGAAAUGGUUAUUGCACGCUGCAGGUUACGAUAUCUCACACUAGUAUUCCUGUUUCUGCAACAUCUGCACGUCACGUAUAUAGCUGUGUAGUUAGUUUAACUGAGGAAAGAAUCUAAGACCACAUUAGACUUUAACUUCAGUCAUCAUGGAAACCUCGUGUAAGUUUAGAGCUUAACAUAACAAUUUGACUUCUUAUGUAAAUCUUAACCACAAGCUCCUGGACAGAAACGUUGCAGGUGAAAUGAAUCUAUUUAGGAUGCAUUUGUUGGAUUGAACAGAUAGCAAAACCUUUUAAAAAAAAGAAUCAAUGUUGUGUUUUUUUUCUUCGUAUCUUAGUUGAAUUUUCUUUCUUUUGGUGUUGUAGGAAUUCUGUUGAUCUUUUUGCUUUCUAGAUGAACUUUUCUAUCUAGUUUUGGAAGCAGUUUUUGCUUGCACCUUGUUCUUUUUA